AGUUGACUUGGCACCUGUACUUGUCGCGACCCCAGUACGUGCGCCUCAUUAAAAGCGUAACGCAGUUGCAAUUCUUCGAUUGCCCUUACUACUUUGUGUUGCAUAGCGACCUUCCGACUGCGCAUCACUUCAUCAGCAAGUUGCAUUCAUUCAAAUCAGGACUUCAAGCUUGACCGUCCCCGUCACCGACUUGCCCCAAUCAAGACCGGUCUCGUGGCUUCGCGCAAGGCCACGCCGCACGUCUUAACGCCUACUAGCCUUUCAGUUCAACUUCAACUCGACUUUCCUACCGCUUACCCAAAUGGUGUUCGGUUGGGGUCGGAGCGCCGGUCCUCAGGAACGUGCUGUCAUUGCGGAUGCGACCGCAACAGAGCCCAGCUUUGGCGGUAUUGCUACGCUAGCCGGCUCCGCCGGCGCUGAUGACGUCAACUGGGCACCGCUACCGGCCGAAGCCCCUGCUGACCGCCGGCGUAAGGAACCGCUUCCGUACGAGCUCAAGUCCCACAAUGUGAAGGCCCACCUGCAGGAUCGCAGUACGGCGGUUGUUGAUGUACGAACGGUGGUUGACGCGCCGCAUGACGUCAUCUUCGACCUGCUGGCGGACCCGCACCAACAUGAACGCAUCUUCGACGCCAUUGAGUCCGCCAGUGCCGUGCUGGUGUCGGAGGAGGGCGCCGUACGGCGGUGGCGGCUGGACUACCGAGCCAAGUGGCGCUUCUGGAAGGUGGGCGGCGUGUGCGACAACCGGCUAUGGAUGACGACCGACCGGGAGCGAGGAACGGUUUCCUUCGUGCUCCGCGAACCCGGCUUCCUGCGCAAGUACGAGGGCACCUGGACCAUCACCGGGCCCCACGGCAGCGGACCAGGGGUGGGAACAGGAGGAGCGGCAUCAGGGGGACGAGCAGGAGGAGCCGGCAAUGGCGGCAGUCAUCAACGCCAGGCGCUGCUGCACGAUUCGCCGCCGGCGUCGCCGACAGCGACGGCGGCGGCGGCGCAGCCGCCGUUCUUUGCAACCCAGCUUCCGUCAUCAGUAACAACCUCCUCUGCUACUGCUGCUACGGGUGUUGCUGCUAACAAGGACAAGGAUAAGGACGGCGGCAGGAAGAGCGGUAGCAACAACCUGGUAGCGGACGUCGCCGACGCCGCCAGUCCUCUGUCGUACAGUAUAAGUGUUUCCGAGGCCGACGACGCCGUAACGCCGCGAUCCGGGUCUGCUGCAUCCUCCAGGAGUAGCAGCAGCAGCGGCGGCAGCAGCAGCCUAACGCGUAGCAGCAGCGGCAGCUUUAGCAGCACUCAUACCGGCGUGAGUGGUGGCGGUGGUACUGGCCUCAAUCUGCCAAGCCUGGUGCGUAGCAGAAGCGGCGGUGUCGGCUGCGGCAGCAGCAGCGGCGGCGGCUUCGGCGGCAGUCUUGCGAGCCUCAUUGCAGCCAUCAACAACCCCUUCAUGACCCCCGCACCUGCGAAACAACAGCAACAACCUCAACAACAGCACCACCACCAGCAGCCAGUCAACGGCAGCAGCAAUGCCGCUUCCUCCGUCCCCCUAGCAGCCGAAACGCCUGCUCCGCUGCUGCUGCCCCGCGCUCCCACCACCAUCAAAAUCCGCAAGGCCAUUUCGCCCAAAGUCAGCCCGCCCUUCCCCAUCAACCAGGUCCUGAAGGGCCAUGCAUGCGGCCAGGUGAAUGACAUGUUGGAGGGAUUGCUUCUGGCCACUGCUCGGAAGGUAGCGGAGGAGGGGGGGCAGGAGCAGCAGCAACAGUGAGAGGGGAGGUGGAUGUAAUCAUAGGGAUGGUGGACCUAGAGGGGUGGGUAGGAGGCAUGUGGAUCUGGAGGGGAGAUGCAACAGUUCGUGGGUUUGGCCUGCAGUGGAGACGAGGAGAAGAGGGAGUGGAAGGGGGGCUGGUGGUGGGGUUUGUGACGUGGGAGAGAGAAGGGUGGCAGAAGAGGAAGGGAACCGUUGAACUGACCUAAUGACGCUGUGCUUGGUGUUUGCACCGGCGCGUUUGUUUGUAGCCAUGAUCACGACGUACAGGGAAAGAAGGUAGGGAUAAUAGUGGCAUAUCCGUGGAGCGGUAGUUGGGGGUAGUUGGGGGUGUCCUUCAUUUAGUAAGGAGAUGAUGGCGGCUCCGAUGCCUUUCCUCUUCUCCCCCAGCUCCUUUCUCUUUCUUGCCAUGCCUACUCUCAUACCGGUUGGCAUGUACGGCAGAAGGUGAGGAUGAAGAUGACGCUUGGUCAAGCUCCUUCCCUGCCGCACAGCACCGUACUGGCAAGGAUGAGUAAUGCGGGAUGUAAGGAGGAGAAGAGGGGCGGAGGCAUCUUGGCAAUGUACGGCAAUGUGGUUUGUCUGCCGUACAGCGCCGCCGAAUGCUGACUUUUCAAAGAGAUUAAAGACGGUGAUGUUGUUGUGGCAUUGGUAGCGUUGGUAUGUAGGGUGGAGCUGGAACGGUGCUCCUUGCUUCCAUGACUCUGCGGAGAGCGGAGAGGCGUAUUGAGAUUGCGGAUUACAGGGGUGAAGGACGGUAUGGACAAAGGAAUGGAGGUUUUGGAGUUACCCCUGUCACUUGGGGUGUUCCGGUCCUCUGGGCCCCCACGGACUGUUACGUGGCGGACUACGGCUCGCAGGUGGGCACAUCCUGUUGCACAUUGCAGCACUUGCCUGCUCCAUGCCAUAUGCUUAGCGGGGGUUGGCUGGGCUUGGCAGGAUAUGAUUGUCGUGCUAGCCAGCACCCCGGAUUGUAUAUUACGGUAUUGCAACUCUUAUUUUGGAAACGUUGUCGUGUUUUGGGCACCUGUCAGGACACUUUGGUUAGUUCGCUUCAUACGUUCUCGUAUGGGCGUAGUUGUUGUUCAUAUGGUUGGUUUAUUCCUCGGUUGGUGGUUACUCGACAUUGCUAGCACGUGUGUUGCGGGGACAGGCCUGGGGUUGCAUGGGCGAGAUGAGGAGGGGAAUGGAGGCUGAGGGUGACAAUGGAAACGCGUCUCAUCAGAAACGGCACACAACCGUACAUGUGGGCGCAUCCAACAUAUCGUGCGCGACACGGCCUGCUGCCUCAGCGCGCUUCGUUCCCUCUUCGUGCCUAUUCUAUUGCAAGUUUUGCAACCGUCUGUUACACGUUUGGAUUGUGGGGUGGUUAUGGUGGAGUCAUGUCGUAGGGUUUGAGAAAUGUGGUAUUGUGGUUUUGCCUUGUUGGUACGGGCAGGCACGGGUGAGCCGGCAUGCGGAUGAAGGAAGGAAGGGUGGUGGGUUGUUGUUGCUGAAGAUGUGCCGCAUUGUACAACGAAUGGGGAUUAUGGUAGGGGUGUUGCGCGUUAUGAAAGCCGUUGCGUUAGUUUUUUGGACCAAGUAAGUAAGGAAGAAAGUAUACUAUUUGUUUGUUUCGCACGUUUUCCAUUUACUGUUAUUACUUCAUGCAUAUUGGGUAUUGUGCGGUAGGUGUAACGGACGGAGGGGGACAGCACACAUAGAAUGGUGGCGGUUUACGGGUUAUAUAGGGAGGUUACACGGCGAUUGGCAGGUGGAAGCGUGUGGUUGUUGUGCGUGCUGCGGUUAACGAGCUGGUAACUGAACUUAUGAUGGGAGGCUUGCGGUACGGUAUUCUGGCGGGUAUACCGUUACCCACAGCCAACUGCUGCUCAUACAUUGCACA